GACAGGGAAAUUGUACGACCAAAAUGAAUCGGUUUUGCCCUACUCCUAUUUCUUAGAACUUUGAGCUUUUACUUCUUAAUCAACACUCACAUACACCAUAACACCAACAAACAAGCCUCCCAAUCCCAAAACAUCAUGAAUAACAACAAUUGGUUGGGAUUCUCCCUCACUUCACAACAGCAUCAACACCAACAUCAAGAACAUCAUCAGCAACACCAACACCAACACCAACACCAAGAGCAUCAUCAGCAACACCAACAGCAACACCAAGAGCAUCAUCAGCAACACCAACAGCAACACCAAGAGCAUCAUCAGCAACACCAGCAGGCCGCCGUAAAAGAAGGAAGUUCAUCAGCACCGUCGUCGCCGCAUCAAAACGGCGUCGUCACCUCUUUCAUGCCUCUUCGUUCUGAUGGCUCUCUUUUUACUAAUGUCCCCUUUUCUCCUCAACUCCAAGAGUGGAAGUAUGGAAAUCAUGGGCAGCACCCAAAACUAGAGGACUUUUUAGGGUGUUGUUACACAACUUCUCAAGACCAAGAAAACAAGAUGGUUAUAAACAUGAAUGCACUUCCUCCUUCUCAAGACCAAUUUUCCUCACAAAUCCAAACAUGCCCUUAUCCUCCUAAUUAUCCCCAAGGAGAAAAUGUUAUUCUAACGGGAAAUUAUUCACAAACACUUGAUUGCCACUAUUCAUCUUCCCCAUUUGAUGGGGCCGCCAUCUCUCAGUUCAAAUCUUGGCUUAGGCAAAACCCAACAACAGUGGGACCCACUACUACUUUUAAUGUUACCCAAGGUGCUAGUGCUGGUCCUGGUGGUUGUCAAUUCCAAUCACUCUCCCUAUCUGUGAACCCUGAAAAGGGUCCAGACCCGGGCCCGGGUCCGUUGGUUGAGGUUGUCGAUAGCAAAAAGCGAGGGCAAUCUAAAUCAGUUUGUGGUAAAGAACUGGUGCCUAGGAAAUCUCUUGAUUCAUUCGGCCAAAGAACGUCUCAGUAUCGUGGAGUUACCAAACAUAGGUGGACAGGAAGAUAUGAGGCCCAUUUAUGGGAUAAUAGCUGCAGGAAAGAAGGUCAAACUAGGAAAGGAAGGCAAGUUUACCUAGGUGGGUAUGACAAGGAAGAAAAAGCAGCAAGAGCUUAUGAUUUAGCAGCAUUAAAAUACUGGGGCCCAACUACUCAUAUCAAUUUUACUCUUACUGAUUAUGAGAAAGAACUUGAGGAUAUGAAGAACAUGAGCAGGCAGGAAUUUGUUGCCCAUUUAAGAAGGCAAAGCAGUGGAUUUUCAAGGGGAGCAUCUAUAUAUAGAGGUGUGACAAGACACCAUCAACAUGGUAGAUGGCAGGCUCGAAUUGGAAGGGUUGCAGGCAAUAAGGACUUGUACCUUGGCACUUUUAGCACUCAAGAGGAAGCAGCAGAGGCUUAUGAUAUUGCAGCCAUAAAAUUUAGAGGCACAAGUGCAGUAACCAAUUUCGAUAUAAGUAGAUAUGAUGUGAAGAGAAUUUGCUCGAGCAACACUUUAAUCGCGAGCGAUCUUGCAAAACGCCCAUCACCGAAUAAAGACUCUCCACUGGCUUUGCAGCUAGAAGAGCCUCUUGCUAUAACAGAUAGCCGCGACAAUGAUGGUUCUAAUGACUUGCCUGCUAGUCUUAUGUGGACUUCUCAAACUGAUGAUCAAACUCGGUCUCAAGAAUGUAAUUCAUCUCCAGUGUACUUGUCACCAGAAAAUCACAAGUAUGAAGAAUGUGCAGUAAGUAAUGGCGAAAAUAAUGAAGUUGCUGACAAUGGCGGGCUAAGUAAAAAUACUCAUCUUGGUGUUGUUAAUCAGGUUCCAAUCUUCGCCUUAUGGAAUGAAUGAAUAACUGUUAUUGUAAUUGGGUUUUAGUUACAAUUUGUUGCAUUUUGCUAAAGGAUUAUGUGUUAGUUUUUACAGAAAAUUUGUAGGUUUUUGAAGAAGCAAGCUAGAAAAGUUGUCAAUUGUGUAGGAAACUAUAGUAAGCUUGGUAGGACUAUGGCCAAUGGGGAUGUAUAAUGCCUAAACUUGUAGCGUUAUGACAUUGAAUCUUAACUAUUAACUAAUAACUAAUAACUAUGACAAGAGUAUUAGGGGAGAAUGAGUAGCAUUGUCCACCCCUUCAAGUUGUUGGAGAAUGAGGAUUCGAAAUGUCAAACUUGCAAACGCGAUAGUCGGAUCA